AAACCCAUGUUUUGGAAAACUUCCACGAAGGUGCACUUGAUGUAUUCGACAAAAACCAAUGAAUGUGCAGUAGAAGUUUGAUUUAAUAUUCCAUUAUUUGUCAAAGAGUUUUACGCCUACGUUUGAAAAACGUAUUAAGAAGUAUUAUUUUCAGAAUUAGUUUUAUCCAUACAUCUGAGAACAUUAUAAAAUAACAUACUCCAAAUUUAUGUAAAUAAAUACUUGCAUUUGUAAAUGUAAAGAAUUUAGAAGAAAAAGACGAAAAAGGUCAUAUUUUAUAGUUCAGCAUACAUUUGAGGCGAUUUCCCGUGGAAGAAACAAUUUUUUAGUGGUUUCCAAGAUAACCUUGUUUAAGUCGUUUGUUUUUGGAAAUAUUCCCUAUGGCUAUAUCAAAUUUGUCCCAUCAAUUUUUAAUUACACUUAAGUCUGGGGUCUGUACAGGCGCAAUGACUACGUGAGACAAUUCGGACAAUCAAAUUCAUCACAAUUACUGUGAAAUGUUCAAUUCGAGGGUAUCAUAUUCUUCACCGCAAGAUGAUGUUCUUACUGGAAGGGAUGGAAGGGAAACCCAAUCCUCGCUUCUUCGUGACAAAAUUCCAGCGCGUUUGGUGCUCUAUUUCCUUUCGUGGUCUGGCUUUCUGGUCUCUUUUAUGAUGCGCAAUGAUAUGAAUUUCGCAUUGGUGGCUAUGAUAGCGAACGACAAUUCAACGCAAAACCAAUCUCUUAUCAAAUCGCAACAAAUAUUGGGUACUGGGACUGAUGACCAAAAAACAAUAGUAAAAUCUGUUGUAAUAAGUUCCUUCUAUUGGUGCUACGUGUUGUCGCAGGUGGUUGGAGGGGUUGCCACAGAAUUGUUUGGAACCAAGUGCGUAUUUGGAUGGUCUCAGUUAGCAACAGCUCUAUGUAGUUUUAUGAUGCCAUCAGCAGCGCAAUUACAUUACAUAGCUGUUAUUGUGUUGCGGUCUAUUCAGGGAUUUGCUUCUGGUUUGACGUGGCCUGCCAUGUAUGCAAUAGUUGGAUAUUGGAUACCUCUUACGGAACGUUCACGUUUUAUGUCAAGCUUUCAGGGUUUUAGUAUUGGUAUUGGUUUAACGUAUCCGUUAUGUGGAUUUAUUUUAUCAGAAUGGGGUUGGCCAUAUAUAUUUUAUACUACUGGUACUUUAGGGCUUGGAUGGUGUAUACUAUGGUAUUUACUUGCUUUUAAUACACCACGCGAGCACCCUCGUAUUACUAAAGAUGAAUUGAAUUAUAUAGAGCUAAACGUUAAAAAAGAAGUAAACAGUAGUGUUAAAGUUAAAGUGCCUUGGCUGCAAAUAUUUAAAUCCAUACCUGCUUGGGCGAUUGCUAUAACAACUUUUGGACGAAUAUUUGUUCAUUACAUUUUUAUUGUUAAUGGUCCGACAUUUAUGGGAAAUGUUUUAAAGUUUAAUUUUGAAACAAAUGGUUUUCUAUCCGGUGUUCCAUUUAUUUGUUCAUAUAUAUCAUCAGUACUAUUUUGUUAUAUUGCCGACAAAAUUGUAUUUUAUAAGGUUUUGUGUCUUACUAAUGUAAGAAAAGUAUUUACUGCUCUAUCACAAAUUAUUCCUGGGGUGUUAAUAUACUGUAUUGGUUAUAUAGACAAUGUGUACAUUUUGUUAACGGUAUGGUUUAUAGCUGUGAUAUUUAUAACUGCAUCUUAUGCUGGAGCUAUGGCCAAUAUAAUUGACUUAGCGCCAAAUUAUGGUCAUUCCGCAGCUGUUUUAGCAUUUUGCCAAACAAUUCAUAUGUCUGCAUCCUUUAUAUCUCCGCUAACGGCUGGAUUUAUCGUCACACAAGAGGUAAAGUAUAGAAUUUAAUAUUAUAUUGUAGUUACAAAACACAAUUAGUAUUCUAAAGAUGAAGAGGUGCAGUCAACGGGUAAUGCUAUUUAUUAUACCUUAUACUCGAAGAGGAACGUUUUCGACCAUAUAAAGUUAUCACGAUCACAGUUCGCCUGUCCGUAUAAGCACCGAGUUCUCGACAACCACUAAAGCGCCGCAGCUCAAGCUUUUUUCAAAAGAUUCACAGUUUUAUUAAUUUUAAAUUAAGAUUUAUUAACUUUUUGCCACGUCCUAAAACCGCCCAAAUGUUUUUAUAUUUGUUCCUAAUUCAAUUAGUCCGCCUUUUUAUAAAACAAGCACGCGCUUGGCCUUAUUGACAAUUAUCGAAAUAUGGUCUGAAAAUUUUAGCUUAGGGUCCAGAAGAACACCAAGAUCAUUAACCCUUGUUAUUCUAUAGGAAAGCUCCAGCUUAGAGUGUAGUUGCGUGUAUUAGGUUGAUACGACUAAAGGUCAUAACUUAACUCUUGGAUCCAUAUAAUUUUAGACGUUAUCACAGCACAUUUGAAAGCCUUCUAUUUCGGAUUGUAAGUCCAUUUCUUUAUACGGAGGCAUUAUGUAAUGUCUGCAUACAUAAGUACACGCGAAUGUUUUAUUUUUAAGUUUAGUUCGUUAAUAUAAAGGUAAAAAGGAGCGGACCAAGGCAGGAUACCGGAUGUGACUCGGAGAAUACAAGAAAAAGAAUUUUUAAAGAGGACCCAAGUUACGUCACUAGAAGAGAAUGCUUAACAGAGUCAAAUGCUUUACUGAAGUCAGUGUAGAUGACAUCUGCUUGAAGAAUAUUUUUGAAGCCCUGUUUUAACAAGGAAGUUAUCACCAAAAGGAUUCCAUUGAUCAAUGGCGAAGAGUAUUUGAAGUCUCCGCAAUUAUUUCAAUUCUGACGUAUCUAUUUUAUCAACUUUUCGGGACCGCAGAAAUACAGACAUGGAAUAAAGGACUACCAGUUAAUGAUGAUUCAGAUGAAGGGAAGGUUUUAUCGACAGCAAAGGAUGAUUUAGAUAAUACUGGUGGACCAAUUUAAAGAAAUCACAGUUAAAAUUAAAACUGUUAUACCAAAUUUGAUAUAUGUUAUAUGUUCGCUGUUAUGAUAAUAAAAUAUCACACC